ACGGCCCCGAGAGUGUGUGAGCGCGCGGGCGCGAACGGCCAGACAGGUCGUGGCUGAGGGGAGGGUAGGGGAACGGGUGAGAGAGGGAAGGUGAAGGUGCAGGGAAGGAAGAAAGAAAGAAAGAAGGAAAACGCAUUGAACGAAGACGUUUUCGCUUCACCAACCUCCACCCGCGUUGGCGUUCACAACCAAUAAACAAAGCUGCUGGGCGCGCGUGUGGAUUUUUGUUCUUCCUCGAGGAAGAUGGCUCAGCGAGUCCGUCGGAACGGCUCACCAACCAGCUCAAUGAGCGGUAGUAGUAAUAGUGGUAGUAGUGGGGGAGGAGGGAGUAGUAAUGGUGGUGCUAACAAUAGUAGUAAUAAUACUAGCGGUAGUGGUAGCGGUGUUGGCCGGCCUCAGCCCAUGAGGGCCACCGUGCCGUUUCAGUUGAAACAGGGCAGCCCGACGAGGUGUUGUGCUGGUGGAGUGGGGAGGCAGCAGCAGACGGCCCCCUCGCGGAGCAGCCCCACCAGGACGCAGCAGGCGGCCACAGUCACCUCGCGGAGCAGCCCCACCAGGACGCAACAGCAGGCGGCCACGGCCACCUCGCGGAGCAGCCCCACCAGGACGCAACAGCAACUGCACCAGGCGGCCGCCGCCGCCACCACCACCACCACCACCACCUCAUCAUCUCCUUGCUCCUCGCCCACUCGUCUUUGGGCCUCGGGGGCAGAUUCUUCACGGGUCAGACACAGGAAAUCUCCAGAACGUAAGGGCUCCCCAGAACGGAAGAGCCCCAACUCUCCCAUUUGCAAAGGUACACCUCCACCUGCUCCUAACACUUGA